GGAAAUACACCUCAUGCACACACACACACCUCUGAGGAAUGCAUUGUUUUAGAGAAGACAAAAGGGAAAUAUGUCAUGUUAUAGAAUCUAACUAAAAAAUCUCAGUUGUUUCUCCAACCAACAAUAAACUCACAGAUUGUUAGAAGAAGAGAACCGAUAACUGUUUAUCAAAUUACUGAUUUCAGUUACACCUUUAUUAUGUAAGGACAAAGGGAGCCUGAGAACUACUCAAUGACACAUCACCCAAAUGACCACCCUUGGCCCCCAUAGACCUAAUUUCUUAAUUUCCUUUCCUUUCCUACACUCAUAACAACCCUCUCCUUCUCACUCACUUUCUCCUCCUCUAAUGGUCAGAGAACGAGGGAAGAGGGAGGAAGAGGGAGGAGAGGAGUGAGUGUUUUUGUUCAGGAGGAGAAAGGCGUUCUCCUGUGUUCUCAGGAUGUGGCUGUUAAAGCCUGGAGAAGUGGGCUUCCUGUCUAGGGAAACGAUCAGAGAACAGACAAGGCCCUGAGGUUAAGACGCUGUGUUCCCUCAGAGGACGCAGACACUUUGUGCUGCACAGAUCACCAACAGAUUGAGCGAAGAAGGGGUUCUGUGGAACGGUAUGGGAGAGGUUUUCCACAAGGACUAGAGACACCCAAUCAAUAGAUCCUAAGCAGAGCAAUAUAUUGGUGCUGGACACCUGACUCUGGGAGCUAAUAGAAACAAUAUGGACAGAUCACAAGCAUAUGCAUUUAUGGAUGACUUCGAUUAGAGACAACUUCCUCGGUCAAACACAUCUAUUUUCACCUUUUCUACCAUUCUACUAUUGCAUUUGUGAAUGAAUUUAAUGGAUAUAAAAUGCAGAGACUCUCACACCACCGUCUCUCUCUGGGAAUAUAGAUCUGUAUCAGAGGGUGAUAAAAGCACCUGUGUACUGUAGCACCUGGUUUCUUGUAAAAGGACUUUGAGGGUUCCGGCCCUCACCCAGAGACUGUCAGAGACCAUGUCCAACAACAGUGACAGCUGCAACCUCCCCCUGAACACUGACACACUUGGUCUCACCUACAUCUACAGCCUGGCCUUCUCACUGGGUCUCCCUUGCAACCUGCUGUCCCUCUGGGGACUGUACCAACUGGGCCGCUCCGGUGGGGGUGGCUGCCAGCUGGUCUACAUCCUCAACCUGCUGCUUUCUGACCUCCUCCAGCUGCUCACCCUCCCCCUAUGGAUCCUGUACCUCCAGGGGGCUCACCGCUGGCCCUACGGCCGCCCCGCCUGCGAGUUUGUGGGCUAUGUCUUCUACGUCAAUGUCUACGCUAGCGUGGUGUUCCUCUGUUUGAUAGCGUUGGACCGUUGCCUGGCUAUAGUACACCCGUUGAGUAGUCGUGGCGUGCGGACGGUGCGGGUGGCGGCAGUGUCUGGAGUGGCGGUCUGGACACUGACCUUCCUGUUCUGUUUAGGCGGGUUGCUUCCAUCGGUGUUCGACGCAGAGAGGCUGCUGUGUCUGGAGCAGUACCCCGUCAGCCUCAGAUAUGCCCACUUUAAGAUUGCUACAGUCAUCAUGGGGUUCCUUCUGCCCUGUGGUAUACUGGGUUACACCUCCGCCCGCAUUGGGGUGACCCUCCAACGGUCGCCCUCCGUCUCCAACCAGGACCGCCACAAAAUCACUGGCAUCCUUGUCGUCAUCACCGUCAUCUUCAUUGUCGUCUUCGGACCCUACCAUCUGGUUGGGGGGUACCGUUUUGUCUCCCUCCUCCUCAUAGACAACCCCUGCGAGUUGGAACGGUCCAUUUUCCUGUGCUACCGGCUGUGCUACGGUCUGACCAGCCUCAACACUCUGCUGGACCCUCUGUUCUACAUCUUCCUGUGUCACAACGCCCGUCUGGAGCUCCGCAGGUCCCUAACGCCCUGUCUGGGACGUGGGCACACAGCCCCCAAACAGGUCAGACUCAGUCUCAGAGGGAAUCCUGAUCCUAGUGACAAUGUGUAAAAACACUGGAUUGGACAAACUGUUUUUGAAUGAAGAAAACCUGGAUAAUCUGUAUUGUGUUUCCUGUUUUUUGAUGAGUUUGAAUUCAGCAGGAGGACACAUUGUGUAGCGAGACUGGACAUACAGACAGUAUAUUACAGUGUUUUCUUGGACUUGCUCAAGGAACUGACGCCACUGGUUUGACUGCUGAGCAUUAGUGAUGGAAAAAAGCAGCAAUUGUGCCACCCAGUGGGGAGAGCAUGCAUGUUGCUAGCUGAAAUUGGAAAUAGCGUUCCAUCUACUUCACUUUUCUGCUGUGCCCGUCCUCUCUACCUGUUGAUGCACUGCCAUAGCUGCCUCAGUUACUACUGUCAUAUGAAUGCACUAUAAUAAUAAUGUCAUAAUGUCUUGACU